CGUGCGGUCGGACGGCAGGAGACACACAGAGCCGAAGUCUGGGCGAUAUUAGUUUAAUUUGAGCGGCUUUAAAGCAGAAAAAGUGAUCAGACAUGAUGUCGACCGAUGUUGUAGAUGACCGGGAGAUGAGGGAGGCCCAGAGGGACUAUCUGGACUUCCUGGACGACGAUCAAGACCAGGGCAUCUACCAGAGCAAAGUCCGAGACAUGAUCAGCGAGAACAAGGCUCGACUCAUCGUCAACAUCAACGACCUGAGGAGAAGAAACGAGGCCCGAGCUGCCAAGCUGAUGAACAACGCCUUCGAGGAGCUGCUGGCGUUCCAGCGGGCGCUGAAGGACCUGGUGGCCUCGGUCGACGCCACGUACGCCAAACAGUACGAGGAGUUCUUCGUGGGCCUGGAGGGCAGCUUCGGCUCCAAGCACGUCUCCCCCCGGACGCUGACCUCCCGCCUGCUGGGCAGUAUGGUCUGCGUGGAGGGCAUCAUCACCAAGUGUUCUCUGGUGCGUCCCAAAGUCGUGCGCAGCGUUCACUACUGUCCGGCCACCAAGAAGACGAUGGAAAGAAAAUACACUGACAUGACUUCCCUGGACGCUUUUCCUUCCAGUGCCAUCUACCCCACCAAGGAUGAGGAGAACAACCCUCUGGAGACGGAGUUCGGUCUGUCCAUCUACAAGGACCACCAGACCAUCACGGUGCAGGAGAUGCCAGAGAAAGCUCCCGCCGGGCAGCUUCCUCGCUCUGUGGACAUCAUCCUGGACAACGACCUGGUGGACGUGGUCAAACCAGGAGACCGAGUGCAGGUCAUCGGGACGUACCGCUGCCUGCCUGGCAAGAAGGGAGGAUUCACCUCGGGCACGUUCAGGACCAUCAUGAUUGCCUGUAAUGUCAAACAAAUGAGCAAAGACGUGUCCCCGUCCCUGUCUGCUGACGACGUGGCCAAAAUCAGGAACUUCCGUCAGACUCGCUCCAUAAAUGUGUUCGAUCAGCUGGCUCGCUCUCUGGCUCCCAGCAUCCACGGCCACGAGUACAUCAAGAAGGCCAUCCUGUGCAUGUUGCUGGGAGGCGUGGAGAAGGUUCUGGAGAACGGCUCCAGAAUCAGAGGAGACAUCAACAUCCUGCUCAUCGGCGACCCGUCGGUGGCCAAGUCUCAGCUGCUGCGUUACGUCCUUCACACGGCGCCCAGAGCGAUUCCCACCACCGGCCGAGGCUCAUCCGGCGUCGGUCUGACUGCUGCUGUCACCACUGAUCAGGAGACGGGUGAGCGCCGUCUGGAGGCGGGCGCCAUGGUGCUGGCCGACCGCGGCGUCGUGUGCAUCGACGAGUUCGACAAGAUGUCCGACAUGGACCGCACGGCCAUCCACGAGGUGAUGGAGCAGGGCCGCGUCACCAUCGCCAAGGCCGGCAUCCACGCCCGACUCAACGCUCGCUGCUCCGUGCUCGCUGCUGCCAACCCCGUCUACGGCAGGUACAACCAGUAUAAAACCCCCAUGGAGAACAUCGGCCUGCAGGACUCUUUGCUGUCGCGUUUCGACCUCCUCUUCAUCAUGCUGGACACGAUGGACCCCGAGCAGGACCGCGAGAUCUCGGACCACGUGCUCAGGAUGCACCGCUACCGAGACCCCCACGAGCAGGAGGGAGCAGCCAUGGCUCUGGGUGGGACAGUAGACGUUCUGGCUACAGAAGACCCAGAUGCAGUAGUAGAAGAGCAGGAGGAGCUGCAGAUCUAUGAGAAACACAACAACCUGCUGCAUGGAAGCAAGAGGAAGAAGGAUAAGAUCGUUAGUAAGGAGUUCAUGAGGAAGUACAUCCACAUCGCCAAGGCUGUGACGCCUGUGCUGACGGAGGAGGCGGCCAAUCACAUCGCUGAGGAGUACUCGAGGCUGAGGAGCCAGGACCAGCUGGGUGCUGAUAUCGCCAGGACCUCCCCGGUGACGGCUCGUACUCUGGAGACUCUGAUCCGUCUGUCCACAGCGCACGCCAAGGCCCGCAUGAGCAAGGCCGUGGAGAUGCAGGACUCGGAGGUCGCAGUGGAGCUCGUCCAGUUUGCCUACUUCAAAAAGGUUCUGGAGAAAGAGAAGAAACGCUCGAGACAGGAGCGCGACUCUGGCUCAGAGGAGGACGAGGAUGAGGAGGCGACGACGCAGCGUUCACAGAAAACUCAGAGGAAGAGGGGGCGUCGUGGAUCUCAGGGCAGUGAACCUUACAGUCCAUAUGACUUCAGUGAGGAGCAGGAGGUCCCUGAGAUUCAGGCCGGCACUCCGAAACCAGCCAAACCACAGCGAGAUGAGGAGCCAAUGGAGGCGUCCUCACAGGCUGGAGACGCCGAGCUGUCUGCAGAGAGACUGAAGGAGUUCAAGUCCUCCCUGUUCGCCGUCUUCCAGUCCGCUCACGCUCAGUCGGUGAAGAUGACGACGCUGAUGGACGACGUCAACAAGGAGCGGCAGAAUCGGUUCACGGAGCCCGAAGUUCGCACCGCUUUGGCUCGCAUGCAGGACGACAACCAGGUCAUGGUGGCUGACGACAUCAUCUUCCUCAUCUGAGGGGGGAGCUUUGACUGUUUGACAAAGAAUCUAUUACAUGGACUUGUGACGAAGCAGUGGAUUUAUAUCAAAAUGCACAUUUCUCUUUUUUCCACAACAUGGUGGCCCCCCUGCUAUACCUAUAUCUGCUGUCCCACCAAUUUGCAUGCAUUUGCAGGUUGUUCCUCUUGUUUGCAAGCAAGAGCAGUUCAAAUAGAUCAGGUCUGACUCAUUUAUGCACUUGUUGUUUAGGGUCAGUUGUGGUAAUGUUACUUUAUAGUGUCCUCAUACAACGUAUCAACAGUCUUGAACAUCUUUUAUCAUCAAUAAGGACAUUGUAAUGUUGUGUUACCUUCUUUUUUGUUGUCUGAUUUCUGUAUAUAGUUUUGAAAUUGACUGUAGUUGUGUAUUAAAAAAAAUAAAAUGUCAUGCUUUGGUAAAGUA